AUGGCCUGGAGUUCAAGAGAUGCUAUCCGCCCGUUUCUCUUCGUUGUCCGACUGUUCGCAUGGCUGAGCGCCAUCAUUGUCAUGGGCGUCACUGCUUGGGCCGUGACCAAGACGGAUGGCUACCGAGUGGUCUAUCCGUUGGUGAUCGCUGUUCUAUCAACCGCGUUCUACAUUCCCGCGAUGGUAGUGUCAACUAUGAAGCGUAAUCGCGGCUAUAUGCUGCCCUUGGACAUUGUCUUUUCCUACCUGUGGCUUGCAGCAUUCAUCUUCCUUGCCCAGCACAUUGGACAGGAGAACUGUCGAUGGUUCUAUUGGGGUGUUUCAACCGCUUGUGCCCGGAAGAGAACCGCUGAAGCCUUCUCCUUCUUGGCUUUCUUCUGGACUCUCUGUGCCAUGUGCUUUGAGAUCUUCAAUUUCUAUUAUAGUGGAAAAGAGAGACCCGAGGGAAUGCAUCCACAUGGUGAGAAACGUCUCCAUCCCGAGGCUGGCCGUGCUCCUUUGGAUGCACCAGCGGAUGUUGCGCAACCGGCUGCUUAG